AUGUCUACCAUCCUCCCCCAAGGUGCCGGCUAUGGUGUCGUAUGCGGAAUCGGGUUGUUCUUCUCAGUAUUUAUGCUGGGUUUGACCUGGAUUCAAGCCCGAUAUACAGCCUUCAGCCCUCGAAACUCUGAAGAGUUCACCUCUGCUUCUAGGAGCGUGAAACCAGGUCUGAUUGCUUCGGGUAUCGUGAGCGCGUGGACCUGGGCUGCUACUCUAUUGCAGUCAUCUGCCGUCGCAUACAAGUACGGCAUCUCGGGUCCCUGGUGGUACGGUUCUGGCGCCACUAUCCAAGUUCUUCUGUUUGCCCAACUCGCCGCAAAGCUGAAGCUCAACGCCCCCAAUGCUCACACUUUCCUCGAGAUUAUCGGCGAACGUUGGGGCAAGAUGGCGCACCUGAUCUUCCUGUUCUUUGGUUUAGCCACGAAUAUCAUUGUCUCUUCCAUGUUGUGCUUGGGAGGUUCAGCAACUGUGACUGCGCUGACUGGCAUGAACACAGUCGCGGCAUGCUUCCUCAUCCCCCUCGGUGUCGCAAUCUACGUCGUUGCCGGAGGAAUGCGAGCGACUCUGCUCUGCGACUACUCGCAUACCGCAGUCCUUUUCGCCAUCAUUCUCACCUUCAUGCUCACCGUCUACGCGACGUCUGACAAGAUUGGAAGCGUCAGCAAGAUGCAUGAGCUCCUCGUCAACGCUGCAGAGGUGCACCCCGUCUCUGGAAAUGCUCACGGAAGCUAUCUCACGAUGCGCUCGAAAAACGGUCUCAUCUUUGGUGUCAUUAACAUCAUCGGCAAUUUCGCCACUGUGUUCAACGACCAAGCUUACUGGCAACGUGCUAUUGCUUCUCAACCUGCAUCGUGCGUCAAGGCAUAUCUCCUCGGUGGUAUCGCAUGGUUCUCCAUUCCAUUCGGCUUUGCUACAACGAUGGGUCUCGCUGCUGUUGCUCUCCAAGGCGACCCAGACAUGGCGGUUCUCACCCCUGCUCAAGUCUCUGCUGGUCUUCCUGCACCGACCGCUGCCGCUGCUCUCCUCGGAAAGUCGGGUGCCGCUGCCAUGCUCAUCCUGCUCUUCUUGGCCGUCACUAGCGCUACCAGUGCCGAGCUUAUCGCCGUCUCCAGUAUCUUGACCUACGAUGUCUACAAGCGCUACAUCAACCCUCAUGCCACAGAAGAACAAGUCCUGCGCGUCUCCCACUACAUGGUCGCAGCAUUCGCCAUCGCUAUGGGUGUCUUUGGCACCAUCUUCUUCUACAUUGGAGUGUCCAUGGGUUGGCUUUACACUUUCAUGGGAGUGCUGCUCGGAUCUGCUGUCGUUCCUAUCGCUCUCUGCAUUACCUGGAAGAAAGCCUCCAAGAUUGGCUGCAUGGUCGGAGCUGUUGCUGGACUGGUGUUUGGUAUCAUUGCCUGGAUGGUGACCACUGCCAAGCUCAACUCGGAGAUCAACGUCGUGACCUCGGGUGGUGACUACGAAAUGUUGGCGGGCAAUCUUGCAGCCAUUGGUGUUGGUGGUCUCGUCGCCGUAAUAUGGUCGUAUAUUUCGCCAGAUGACUUCGACUUUGAUGUCACUCGCGCCAUCAACUCGCCUGCUCACCUCAAGGGUGUCGUCGAGGCCUCCGACGCUGCAAAGGCACCCUCUAUCGACUCGAAGAACGAGAAGGAGCCGACCGAGACUAUCCAACCUGUCGGACACGAGACUCGUGCUGGUGUUACUGACGAGAAGGACCUCGACCCUGUCGAACUCAACAAGGCGUUCAAGUUUGCUGCAUGGUCUUCCGUGGCUCUCACUGUUAUUCUCAUCAUCCUUAUCCCCCUUCCCCUCUUCUUCGCCUCGACAAUCUAUGACGUCGGUUCACUCACCACCUGGGUUGUUGUUGCAAUUCUCUGGGCUUUCAUCGCUGCCUUUAUCGUCGUGCUCUAUCCGUUGUGGGAGAGCAGGGUGGCACUUACGAUGAUUGGCCGUGGAAUCAUCAAGGAUUUCUUCAAGCCAGGAUCUGGCAAAUAUGUAGCACCGGCCAAGACUACCGAGGCUUGA